AUGCAGGCACGCUACUCCGUCUCCAGCCCCAACUCUCUGGGAGUCGUCCCCUACAUCAGCAGCGACCAGAGCUACUACCGGGCCGGGGGGGGAUAUACGGGAAUGCCUGCGCCCAUGAGCAUGUACUCACACGCGGCCCACGACCAGUACCCGGCCAGCAUGGCCCGCGCGUACGGACCGUACACUCCUCAGCACCAGCCCAAGGACAUGGUCAAGCCUCCCUACAGCUACAUCGCCCUCAUCACCAUGGCGAUCCAGAACUCGCCCGAGAAAAAGAUCACCCUGAACGGGAUUUAUCAGUUUAUUAUGGAGAGAUUCCCCUUCUACCGGGACAACAAGCAGGGCUGGCAGAACAGCAUACGGCACAACCUCUCCCUGAACGAGUGCUUUGUCAAAGUGCCCCGAGACGAUAAGAAACCCGGCAAGGGCAGCUACUGGACCUUGGACCCGGACUCCUACAAUAUGUUUGAGAACGGUAGCUUCCUACGGCGUCGGAGAAGGUUCAAAAAGAAGGACGUGCAGAGGGAGAAGGAAGAGCGGGACAGGCAGGGCAAGGACCCCUCAUCCCGCGCCGCGGGGCGGGAGCAGGACGCGCCGGGUCAGGGCUCUCAGCCGGUCCGGAUCCAGGAUAUUAAGACUGAGAACGGGAGCUCCACGCCGCCUCAGGCCGCAUCCCCGACCCUGGGGGCCGUGCCGAAGAUCGAGAGCCCCGACAGCAGCAGCAGCAUGUCCACAGGCAGUCCGCACAGCGUCCCGUCCAACCGGUCCCUCAGCAUGGAGGGGGCCGAGCACCACCACCACGGCCAGGUCCCCGCGCAGGGCUUCAGCGUGGACAACAUCAUGACCUCGUUGCGAGGCUCUCCGCAGGCCGAGCUCUCCCCGCCUCUCAUAGCCUCCUCUCGGACAGGUAUCACCCCAUCCCUCACGCUCAACUACUCCCCCAACCAGACGUCCGCCUACAGCUCGACGACCUGCAACCAGAACGCCAUCCCCACCAGCUCCAACGCCACCUACCACUGCAACAUGCAAGCCAUGAGCCUGUACGCCGGGGACAGAGCGUCCGGCGGCCACCUGGCGCCCUCCACCACCGUGGAGGAGGCCCUGCCAGACUACUGCAUCACCACCACCACCGCGUCCCCGCUCGGCCACGGGAAUCUGAGCCAGGCGGGCCAGGACGGCCACCACUCGCACCAGGGCCGGCUCGCGUCCUGGUACGGGGACCUGAGCCACUUGAGCCCGGGCUAUCCGGCGCAGCAGCAGAACUUCCACUCCGUGCGGGAGAUGUUCGAGUCCCAGCGGAUCGGGCUCAACGGCUCCCCGGUCAACGGGAAUAACAGCUGUCAGAUGGCCUUCCCCUCCGGCCAGUCCAUCUACCGCGCGUCCGGAGCCUUUGUUUAUGACUGCAGCAAGUUCUGA